GAGAUGACCAAAAGCGUUAUGUUAUUGAAACAUAAGGGGUCAAAUAUGAAAUCAAUGCAAACUUGAGGGUGAAAAAUAUGAUUUUCCCAUUUUAUAUUAUUGUUGCACCCGAAAAGAAACAGUUUUGGCACGCAUGUCAAAAUAUAUCUCCCUCCGCCGAUCGGAAAAUUCCUAUUUCCCUGAAAUCAAUCUUCAAAAAAUUCAAAUUGAUUGAUUAUUUCUUCUACUUUUCUCUUCUGUAAUGGAUUCCAAACCCCCACCCGCCGAUCCGCCACCGCAAAACUCCACAUCUCCGGCGAAAAGCAAGGAUUUCUUAACUCACCUCGAAAUCUACCUAGCCAAGCGCGACGGCGUCGACAAGCUGCUGAAAAUCUCGCGGUACGCCACCAAGAUCGUCAUCGCCUCCGCCGUCCUCGACCACUCGCCGCCGCUGACCGCCCGCCUCAAAUCCUUCGAAUCGAGCGUCGGCGUCAGCCGCAAGGCCUUCCGAUUGGGCAAAUUCAUCCAGGACGUGAACGCCCUACGCGCCGCCGCCCGCCGCCCACUCCACUCGCACCUGAAUUUCCUCCUCUCCGCCGUCGCGUACGGCGGCGAGGGGCUGUACUUUUUCCUCGAACAGUUCGUGUGGCUCGGAAAAUCCGGAUUAAUCGACAAGCGGCAUCUUCCGGCGCUGCAGAAACUGAGCGCCUGGUUCGAAUUCAUCGGCUAUUUCGGGAGCGUGAGUCUCAAAGUAAUUGAACUGCGAAAAAUCGACGAAGAGGAGCGGUGUUUGGCGUCCACCGUCGAUUUAACCCUACUGAGAGGGAUCAACGGCGGAGAUGAAAUGGAGAAAUUGAGGAAAUUGAAGGAGAAGAAGACGAUGAAGAGGCUUUCGGUGGUUCAGGAUCUGGCCGACGGAUUAAUGGCUUUUGCUGACAUCAGAGACGGCGGAGGAAGCCUUUCGUCGCCGCUGGUGUUGUCUUCGGCGGGGAUGCUGUCGGCGGUUAUCAGCACUCAUAAGAACUGGAUCUCUUGCUGAAGCUUUUUUUCCUGAGGUAUUAUUAAUUAGAGUCCUCCA